CAAAUUCCUGGACAGGCAACUUUUAGUGAAAUAAACUGAAAAUUAUAUUGUAUUACGAAAGAAAACUGCUCCCUACUGAAAUACAUUUCUGUUACUUGAAACAAGUUUGAUUUUCUUUUUCAGUGACAGUUUUGAAGAAUAUUCAGAAGAUUGUUCAGGAGAAAAUACAUCAAGAACCUAUUAAGUUCUUUUAGAACAAAAGCCAGGAGCUCCCCAAUGUAAACACGUUAGUGUUUAUUUUGAGGAAGAAAGAUAUAUAUAUAUAUUUUUAAAAAGUAGAUCACUUAAUCAAAGAAAAAAUUUUUGGAAGAUGUCACUAAACAACUCUUCCAAUGUAUUUCUGGAUUCAGCACCCAGUAACACCAGUCGCUUUCAAGUUAAUGUCAUAAAUGAGAAUCAAGAGGGCAGUGCCACAGCUGAUGACAACACUGCCCCUCCACAUUAUGAAGAGACCUCUUUUGGAGAUGAAACCCAUAGCAGAUUUAGAAUAAGCUUUAGACCUGGGAGUCAGGAGUGCUACGAAAAUUUCCUUCAAAAUGGAGAAACUGCAAAAACAGAUGCCAGUUUUCAUGUCUAUGAUUCUCAUACCAACACAUACUACCUGCAAACCUUUGGCCACAACACCAUGGAUGCUGUCCCCAAGAUCGAGUACUAUCGCAACACUGGCAGCGUCAGCGGACCCAAGGUCAACCGACCCAGCCUACUUGAGAUUCAUGAGCAGCUGGCAAAGAAUGUGGCAGCUGCCCCAGGUCCAGCGGAUAGGGUUGCUAAUGGUGAAGGAAUGCCUGGAGAAGAACUAGCUGAAAACAAGGAGGAAGAUCAAGGCGGUGCUGUGAAGUUCGGAUGGGUGAAAGGUGUGCUGGUGAGAUGCAUGCUGAAUAUCUGGGGUGUCAUGCUCUUCAUUCGCCUUUCCUGGAUCGUUGGAGAAGCUGGAAUCGGUCUUGGUGUGAUUAUCAUCGGCUUAGCCGUGACAGUGACUGGUAUCACUGGUUUAUCUACCUCUGCUAUUGCCACAAAUGGAUAUGUCAGAGGAGGUGGAGCCUACUAUCUUAUUUCAAGGAGCCUGGGACCCGAGUUUGGUGGGUCUAUAGGUUUGAUCUUUGCUUUUGCCAAUGCGGUAGCUGUUGCCAUGUAUGUGGUGGGAUUUGCUGAGACCGUGGUAGACCUUCUUAAGGAAAGUGAUUCAAUGAUGGUGGAUCCGACCAAUGACAUCCGAAUAAUAGGCUCCAUCACAGUGGUGAUCCUUCUGGGAAUUUCAGUAGCUGGAAUGGAAUGGGAAGCAAAGGCUCAAGUGAUUCUCCUUAUCAUUCUUCUCAUUGCUAUCGCAAACUUCUUCAUCGGAACAGUUAUACCAUCCAACAACGAAAAAAAGUCCAGAGGUUUCUUUAAUUACCAAGCAUCCAUAUUCGCUGAAAACUUUGGGCCAAGUUUCACAAAAGGUGAAGGCUUCUUCUCUGUAUUUGCCAUCUUCUUCCCAGCAGCUACUGGGAUUCUUGCUGGGGCCAAUAUUUCAGGAGACUUGGAGGAUCCCCAAGAUGCCAUCCCCAGAGGAACCAUGCUGGCCAUUCUCAUCACCACUGUCGCUUAUAUUGGAGUUGCUAUUUGUGUAGGGGCCUGUGUGGUCCGGGACGCCACCGGAAGCAUCAACGACACUAUCAUUUCCGGGAUGAACUGCAAUGGCUCAGCAGCCUGUGGGUUGGGCUAUGACUUCUCAAGAUGUCACCACGAACCAUGUCAGUAUGGGCUGAUGAACAAUUUCCAGGUCAUGAGCAUGGUGUCAGGGUUUGGUCCCCUCAUCACUGCUGGCAUCUUUUCGGCAACACUCUCCUCAGCCCUGGCCUCCCUUGUCAGUGCGCCCAAAGUGUUUCAGGCUCUGUGCAAGGACAACAUCUACAAAGCCCUGCAGUUCUUCGCAAAGGGCUAUGGGAAAAACAAUGAGCCCUUGAGAGGAUACGUCCUCACCUUUGUGAUAGCCAUGGCAUUCAUCCUUAUUGCGGAACUCAACACCAUUGCCCCCAUCAUCUCCAACUUCUUCCUGGCCUCGUACGCGCUUAUUAAUUUCUCUUGCUUCCAUGCCUCGUAUGCCAAGUCUCCAGGCUGGAGACCUGCAUAUGGAAUUUACAACAUGUGGGUAUCUCUCUUUGGAGCUAUUUUGUGCUGCGCAGUCAUGUUUGUCAUCAACUGGUGGGCAGCUGUCAUCACUUAUGUCAUCGAGUUCUUUCUCUAUAUCUACGUGACUUAUAAGAAGCCAGAUGUGAACUGGGGCUCUUCUACUCAGGCUCUCUCCUAUGUGAGCGCUUUAGACAAUGCUCUGGAAUUAACCACAGUCGAAGACCAUGUGAAAAACUUCAGGCCCCAAUGCAUUGUCUUGACAGGUGGCCCCAUGACAAGACCCGCGCUCUUGGACAUAACACAUGCCUUUACCAAGAACAGUGGCCUUUGCAUCUGCUGUGAAGUGUUUGUGGGCCCGCGCAAGCUGUGUGUUAAAGAGAUGAACAGUGGCAUGGCAAAAAAGCAGGCCUGGCUGAUCAAGAACAAAGUCAAGGCUUUUUAUGCUGCCGUGGCAGCCGACUGUUUUAGGGAUGGCGUCCGAAGUCUCCUUCAGGCCUCAGGCUUAGGAAGAAUGAAACCAAACACUCUGGUGAUGGGAUAUAAAAAAAAUUGGAGGAAAGCUCCCUUGACAGAGAUUGAAAACUACUUGGGAAUCAUACAUGAUGCAUUUGAUUUUGAGAUUGGUGUGGUCAUCGUCAGAAUCAGUCAAGGUUUUGAUAUUUCUCAGGUUCUUCAAGUGCAAGAUGAAUUAGAGAAAUUAGAGCAGGAGAGGCUGGCUUUGGAAGCCACCAUCAAAGAUAAUGAAUGUGAAGAAGGAAGUGGAGGGAUCCGAGGCCUGUUUAAAAAGGCUGGCAAGUUGAAUAUUACCAAGCCAACUCCUAAAAAAGACAGCAGCAUGAAUACUAUUCAGUCCAUGCAUGUUGGGGAGUUGAACCAGAAACUGGUGGAAGCCAGCGCCCAAUUUAAGAAGAAGCAAGGAAAAGGCACAAUUGAUGUCUGGUGGUUGUUUGAUGACGGAGGGUUAACCCUUCUUAUUCCCUACAUCUUGACUCUCAGAAAAAAGUGGAAAGACUGUAAACUAAGAAUCUUUGUUGGAGGGAAGAUCAACCGCAUUGAGGAAGAAAAAAUUGCAAUGGCUUCUCUUUUGAGCAAAUUUAGGAUAAAAUUUGCAGACAUCCACAUCAUUGGAGACAUCAACAUCAAGCCAAACAAAGAGAGCUGGAAAGUCUUUGAAGAGAUGAUUGAACCAUACCGACUCCAUGAAAGCUGCAAAGAUUUAACAACUGCUGAGAAAUUAAAGAGAGAAAACCCGUGGAAAAUUACAGAUGCAGAACUGGAUGCAGUGAAGGAAAAGAGUUAUCGCCAAGUUCGACUGAAUGAACUUUUACAAGAGCACUCAAGAGCUGCCAAUCUCAUUGUCUUGAGCCUCCCGGUGGCAAGAAAAGGGUCUAUAUCAGACUGGUUGUACAUGGCGUGGCUGGAAAUCCUCACGAAGAACCUCCCUCCUGUCUUGCUUGUUAGAGGGAAUCACAAAAACGUCCUGACGUUUUACUCUUAAAGCAUGAAGGAGCAGAGUGCAUUUUCACUGAGCCCAUGAACAGUGAAGAAACAUGUUCCACUCAAGACAUUAUGUUUUAAAUCUGAUCUAUGGAUAAGCAAAUCUCUGGAGACCACCCUACAAGAUCCCACAUAAACUGUCACUGUCACUUUUAUUCUUUAAUAGAAACCAUUUUUACCCCCAUUGACUUAAGUGGGGAGGGGCUCAAGCCCAUGUUACCCCAAGAAAAGGCUCUUUUGUCAGUGCCAGUGAUCACAAAAAUUACUAAGCAAAUCCAUGCUGGUUUGUGCUCACAACAACUCAACUGUCCACUUGUCCAGCUAAUUUAAUCUGUUGUUUGCUUCUAAACCUUACUUUGGGUCUCAGUCCGCAGCAGGUUCUUAUUAAGCAUUUAUGGACCCACUGAUAUAGGAGCUGGGGGACCAGUUAUCAAACCAAAAGACCAAUUGGGUGAUUGCAUUUGGCCUUCUGAGAAUUUUAUACCUACCAAGGAGAUUUGAAAAAAAUCAAUAACCGAAAACUUUAAGACACACUCGAGUCUGUAAGAUGUUUAAAGCAAUGACCCCCCGGCCCCCCCCCCAAAAAAAAAACUGACUUCAUGUAAUGCAGAUUAUAGACUUGGAGGGAUUUGUGUGAUCACUGAUAACAUACAGCUUCAGUUUACUGCUGAGUCAGAAGCCCCUUAGCUGGAGUAGAAGGCAAAGGAAAGAGGUCUCAUUCUCCACGUCUAAAAUACAACGUUUCUUCCUACUAAAUACUUUGACGUUUCUGGCAUAGAGCCCCUUCACCAUUUCCUAACUGAGCGUUUAACACAGAUGAAGUCUUCACAGAUGUCUAAUCAAAAUCUAAGUAUAUCAAGUUUUCAAAACCUUAUAAAGAAAUACCUACUAAACCAUAGGCUUAAUUACUGUCUGUCAUGAUUAUAUGAGUUUAAAAUGAUGAUUAUGAUGAGAAUAGAGAACUUUACAAAAUCUAUACAAAUGACAAGUACUGAUUUUUUUUUCACUAUUGUGAAUAUUCCUGUAAUACUUAAUCAUAUUGAAAAGCCAACAAAAUUUUUUUUUGUUUCUUUCUGGAUAGAUGACUUUUCUCCUCCUGCCAUACUUUGACUGUUUAUUUGAACUAAUAAUAAUAUAAUGAACCUGAAAUAAAUGUAUUGAGAUAUGUUG